AUGUCGAAACAAGAGUCGGGUCUUUCAGAAGCUCAAGCGAAAUACGUAAACAGUUGGUUUGACGGGCUGACGUUCACGCGCGAGGAUCCAAGGUUCAAGUACACAACAAAUGCUAGAUAUCAAAACGUUUGCGCAAAAAUUGAACUUGUCGAAGAAGAACUUACUUCGUACGAGAUGAAGUCUCGUAUUUCUGACCAGAAUUUACAUGGCGGAAUUUCAAGGAAAGGAAAGUGCUUGAAUUGCGACAUAUGCAGCAAGAGGGGGGAUAAAACGAUUGCAAGUGACAGAAAUAUGCUUAUUGGAAACAUCCAGCAAAUCUUGCCCGAAAUUCGGCAAAAUUUCGUAUAG